AUGGCCUCCCAGGGCCCGGCUGCUGAUUUAGCUGUGGCGGGGACACAUUUGAACAUCUCCUCGGUACUUAGCAGCUUGGGAAGAUAUCACCAAGCUCUGCGACAUGCCCAGGGGGCCUUGAAACUCCUCAAUGCACUACGCGCUCACAGCGGGGCUCGUCGAUCGAAGGAUGAGCAAAUCGUUUUACUCACCACCACGGCGACAGCCACGCACAGUGUUGGUGCUCAACUGGAACAUCUCAACAGGAGGAGAGAAGCCUUGGCUGCCUACCGGAGGGGUCUUCGUGUAGGUCAGCAUAAUACUACAAGUGCCGAGCUCCUCGUGGCCUGUUAUCCUCAGCAUGCCGUGGAGCAUCUUCCUCCUCAUGCCGAUAUCGUACAGGCCCUCACUGAGGCUUGUGAACAGCUGUCAGGAAAGGAAGGUUCGAGGACUCGUAUGCACAGCAAUUCUACGACAAACGCUUCGCCCACCGUCUCCUUGGGUGCACCACUGACGACGACCCGUAGCGCCCUUCGUGCUCCGCUGUCUCAAACGCGAGAUCAAUCGGAUGGGCUAGGUCUACAUAGUAGGAGUUCGCAAAACCUACCUCCCUUCAUUUUCAACAGCGGAGCUCGACCCAAAUCUUGUGAAGGGAAGCGAGACCUGCCUCCCUUGGUGUUCACCGGGGAGCAUCCUCCCCGACCAGCGGGCCAGGGUGGGUAUUCGCCUCAUCCUAAUCUCGUAUUGAGAGAUGAUGACAUCACUCACGCCAUUACGCUCAUCCAACGGGCAUUCCGGAAGUUCGCUCAGCGAACGGAUCUGAUGCGGCCAAAGUUCCGAACAACGCACAAGCCUCGUGUCGGGACGAAGUACGAAUUCAAGGGUGUCAAUAAUGAAUACAGCCAGGCCCCAGGGGUAGGAGUUCACUUGCCCGCCGAUAUAGCAUGCUUGCCAGUACUGGGCCUCUUUGAACAACUGAAUAAAUUGGCCGAAACACUGCCAGAGAAAGUCGCGCAGUUGAUAGACAAGCACGAGCAUGACUUCAUGCUGUCUUAUAAAUCACAUAUGUCAACCGUUCAGCAGAAUUUCCGAGAAUGGAAAUUGAAGGCAGAGACGGAGGAUGAUAAAGUGCGUCGAGACAAGAGGGUGAAGGAACUUGAGGGAGAGCUCAAAUGGUUCAUGUCUGAAGCACUCAGAUUGGAAGCUCUUUCUAAAGACUACCACAAGGAGGUUGGUACUUGGAAAACGCGUUUGAAUACUAUGCGUGAAGAAAGGAGGUAUUUGGAGGACCAGAUGAAGGCCUCUAAGAGACAGACUAAGGUUGAGAGAAUUCAACGUGCUGAUAGACGACUCCAGAACGUCACUGCUAUGGGAGGCGUUGGCCCGAUGGUUGAUGUGGCGCUAUCCCCUCUAGAGGAGGAAUAUCUCACUAAGACCAAAGAGUUAGAGAAGGAGCUCGAGGGCUUGAGACGCACCAACGAGGAGUUGCAGGAAAUAGCCAACCGUCGACAUGUUCGCCGAGCUGAGCUUGAGGAGUACUUCCUUGCUUGUAUUGAGGGAGCUCGCAAGGACGCCUUGAGACGGAAGUACACCGGACAAGAGUCAGCCGCUGAUACACAACAAGGGAUUAUUGACUCGCUGGUCACAAGCGAAGAAGAGAAGUCCUUGGCAAUGCGAGCGGAAUUCGAGGAGCUCGAGGGGAAGCGACGCAAACUGGCCGCGAAUUUGGAAGAGCUUGAGGCGGCCGACCCGAACAAGAUCAAGCAACAGAGUGAACUCGAGAACUCAUCCACUGAAGCAGCAUCUACGACCGAUUCGCUAAGGUUCAUCGCGUCGCGGGGGAAUAUGAGUGAAGAAGAAGUUGACAAGGAAUUCGGGAUUGACCCUAGUAUAUUCGAUUGA